AUGCGCUCCAUGGAAUUUAAAACCUUCUGGACCCUUCAACUUACUGUGUUGUCUGUUUCCAACAUUCGGUCUCGUGUGCGGCUUGCACCCCAUCUUGGGCAGCUUCUGGCACAGAUGAGGAAUUUUGGGUUGCGCUACGGCUUUCUGUCCACUUACCAGGGGACCAUGUGCGUCAAGCGAACAGCCGAUUUUGCCUUCCACGUCUCUCGACCUAUUCGAGCCCUGGACACCAAUUUGUCUGUCCGGCAGUGUUUUGCAGGGUUCUGUAUCCUUGCCGAACAGGCCCAUGACUACACCGAGGAUUCAGACUUCCAGGCGGAGCGACUUCGACGUCAGAAUGGUGUUCAAGCUUCUACCCGCCAGACUCCGCGCAGAACCCAUGUCGCUGAAGGCCAUGUCCCUAGUCUAGUGGGGAACAUUAUCCCGAAUUCAAUCAUUCUCAGCGAUCAGGGAGGGACGCUUACAAUCUUGAAUGUCUCCCGGAUGAUUCCGCAAUACCGUGGCCAGACAGACAGGGCUAUCUUCGAGAUUGACCGGGCAGGCAAGAAGUGCCUCCGGGUCCGCCGUCGGGCCGCCGUGUGGGCCGCGACGGCGCCUGCAGCGCGGGACUCGGAGGGGGUGGAAGGGUUUAUCGCCGAACUUGAGGCAAUCACCUCCUAUUUGGAGGAAAAUGAAGCCAUUCAUCUCAUGCGGUCUCUCACCGCAACGUGUUUCGCCUGCUUGGGGUCAUGUCGAACAUGGCCGGAGUGCCCGUACGCAGAGCAGCGACCCUAUGGACGGUCCUGA